GCAUGGGUGAUGGCGCGCAGUGAAACUUGGUGGGUGGGGAAGCGCAGAGAGAAAUCCGGCGGCUUGGAUGCGCAGUUUGGCGCGCAGUAGCACUGCGAGAGGCAGAGAGGAAGGAAGGCAUGAUAGAGAGGGGAUGACGUGGCUCUGUCUCAGGAGGGCUCCUACACAACGACAGCGAUGGCGGCCUCCUCUCUCCGUAAGUGGCUGGGAAAAAUUCCAUUCAAAUCAAGACUGUUCCCCGGACUCGAUCAGCGCCGACUGCAGCAUGAAAUAGAUGUGCACAAGCUGUUCCUACUAACUAGCUACCAUCGGCUUGGAACGCCAGUAUCCAGUAAUGCUAUACAAGAGAUAGAACGCCUCUCGAUGAAACUGCCGUUUGACGAGCAGGUAGAGAAAGUCCAAGAAAAUGUGCAUAUUCAGGUCAUGGACAUUGCGAGGACAAUUCACCGUGCCAUUGCGGCAGUGCAUGGAGCCGGCGACGGAUCUACGGAUGGGCUGCUUGAGAAUGACCGUACUCGGGGACCAGUGCAAAACGGUGGAAGGACGGAGAACUUCUCCUCGCCUGAUGAGCUGAGCAAUGGGAAGGAAAGGGGAGAAAAACGACGGACCGGGCUAGCACUGGCUGUGGGUGGAGACAUCGACACAGUGCCGAGUUGGAAACGAAGGCAAGUGCUUGGAUCAAUUUCGAUAGAUGCGUCCGGAGCUGCUUUGAGAGAGAAUCACGGUUUCACGCUUUUCACAGCGAAAUCUGAGAUAAAGCACCCUGAUGCAGGGCGGGGGCUGUUCGUUAGGGGAAGGGCGAAGCCUGGUGCCGUUGUCGCAUUUUUCCCAGGGGUUGCUUAUACUCCUCCUCAGUAUCGGCUCAUUGAAGGCUACCCGGACGUCGUUGCUGGGAAUCCAUACUUGAUCGGGCGUUACGACGGAGUGAUCGUUAACGCUAAGCCAUGGGGGCAAGGCACAAAAGGCAGGCAGAGGUGGACUGCCGCUGCUGGCGGCGGGUUUGCAUGGCAGGACGUAGGAGAAGAGCUGGCGGUUUCAGACGCCGCGGCAGGCGGUCAUGCGAUCAAUGCAACCGCCGCCGCUGCCGCAGCAGCUUCUUCCUCACCCCUUCCCCUCAUGGCCGUCGUUGACAGGGGCCACCCCCUUGCGCUGGGUCAUUUUGCAAAUCACCCUCCGAGCGGAAUGGCUCCGAAUGUCAUGGCUCUUGGAUAUGAUUUCGUCAUAAAGCGGGAUGGGGAGGAGAAGCUACUUCGACAGUUCAUACCCAAUAUCAACUGCGACGAUGAGGUGGAGUACAUCGCCGCCGAGCAGGGCGUCGGUCAGAAAGGUGGCAAUGACUACAAAGUGUCACGGAAUCGUGUGAAAGGUGUGCAGCAGGUAAGGUCGGUAGUUUUCGUUGCGCUGAGGGAAGUAGAGGACGAAGAGUUGUUGCGGAACUAUAGAUUGAACCCCAAGUUAGAACGCCCGGAGUGGUACUGCCCCGUUGAUGAGGAGGAGGAGAGAAGGAGGUGGUCUGAGUGAGACUGUGCGAGAUGUGCAUGCAUUGCUACGGCAUGCUGGGCGAGACGGGGACGACGAGGAGCGGAAGUGGAUGCGGCGAAACGACUUUUUUUUUCCUGUAGAGAAGUGAAUUGGUGAAAGACGAGUUGGCUUGUUGAUCCUGCGAGUAAGAUGGCAACCGGAUGUGCGGAACGACUUUCUCGUCGAUCUCAACCCGCGCCAAGUCUCGCAAUUUUUUAUUUUUUUGCGUGUAAAUCUUCUGAUAUGCAUCGACGGGCACAGCGACGUUUUCCAGAAACACGUCCCCCGUGCCCUCCUAUGCUGUCCUACAAUCUUCUCCCGAACACAAGGCACCCCCGUCGUGACUGUACAGAACCGGAAAGAUAGCUUGUAUACAUUCACGAUGAGGGUGCGCUGUGUUCAGGAGGGGACGGUAGUAUAAUCUCUGGCAGUUGACAUAUGAUCCACUGGAGCAAAAUCUUGGCAGCAAGCCCAGGCAAGCAGGAAGGAAGACAGGCCCAAUGCGGCUGCAGCCUGGUCUCGUACAUGGGCCCUUUCAGACAAGUUGCAGAGAUCUUCGAGAUAGAGGAAAAGUACUUUGGGCAUGCAGGAGGGGGGAAAGCAGCCAGCCUGUGAGGCCCAGAACAACAGGCGAGAUGCUUCAAACAGUGUUGCGCGGCCAAGGAACG